UGAAGGUGGAACCAGAGGUCUCCCUUGUGACAGAAUACUAGAUAUGAUAGAUGAUGGCUGGACAUGCACAAGACUCGAAAGACAGGUCAUAUGGGGUUGGAUGGAAGGAGAAUGGUCCUGAAUAAAGAGGCAGAUCUUUUGCAGCGGCCAUGUCAAAGAGACCAUCACAAAGACAAGAGAAAUCAGGAGGAAGCGCCAAUUAGCAGGAUGCUGGCAUCUUGUCUCCUAAGAAGAGUGGUCUUCCUGGUUCCUUUAAUUUUUGUAGUUGUGCUGCUCACCAUGGAGCCCAUUAAAGCCGACGAAGAAGCAGGAACAACAAUCCCAGCUGAAAGUCGCCCCUGUGUUGAUUGCCAUGCAUUUGAAUUCAUGCAGAGGGCCUUGCAGGAUUUAAAGAAGACUGCGUAUAAUCUAGACACACGGACAGAAACACUGCUUCUUCAAGUGGAAAAGAGAACUCUGUGUGACUGUGUAACUGCAGACACGCUGAACUGAAUGCUGGAGAACAACCAAAGAGUGUCACCGGUUCAGCUGUUUUUUAAAACGCUGCUGUAUGUAAUACAGACAGCUGUGUGGACUUUGGAGUACAUACUGCAGGCAUGUAAGCCCCAGUGUAGUGAGGAAAGCAGGUGGGGAGUUUCUGUAUGAGAUGGUGGGGUGAAAUGAUCUGUCUUAUGCUUGUUUUCUCCAGUAUGAAGGUGCUACUAUUGUGGCUUGAAUGAUUGAUCAUAUCAAGACAGAGCAUUGCAUGCUGGAAUCUGUAGUCUCUGCAGGCUCUAUCUCCAUAUUAAAGGUAAUGGUAGUUGCAAUCCAUUCUGUUUAUUUAUAAUGUAAAUUUGGACCAGAUUCAGCCAAUUUGUAACUCUGUGGAUUUCAAUGGUGCUACACCUGCUUAUAUCUGGACUGAAUUUGGUCCUAAACAGGACUCCUGGGUCUCCUGGGAAGCUGUCGACUUGGUUGAAGAAAAUAUAGGUACCCCUGAAUUAAAUCAUACACUGUCACUACCCACUUAGUGUCCCACUGUAUCCAGCACGUAUUGAAAUAGCUAUUGUUUUACCAAUCUAAAUGCAUGUUGUGUACAAAGGGAAAAGGAGAAUAAAACUUCUAGAAAAACAGGUAACCCCACACCCAAAUGUACCUUGUUUCCUUUUGAAUGAGAUCUUGACAAUAGUCUAAGCUAAAAGUUCAGUGUGAAUGGGGGAGGGAGGAAUCAAAUUUUCAUUCACUAUCUCUGUGCAGUGUAGCUUUUCUCUGAGAAAGUAUGUUCACCAUAGGAAUGUACACGGCACUCAGAUGUUGUCACUGAGCUAGUUAGUGGUGUCACAAAGCAACACACUAUUGAACAAGUCAACUUUUGUACACAUCAACAAUGUCUUCUACGUUCUCCCUGGGGUCAGUGCUCAUGCACUACGGGAGCCCUGUUUUCUUUGCCCUCUGCAAACCUGUGAGUAUAUUGUAAGUAUGAAAAGGGGAAGAAGUGAAAGCAUUAGAAAUUACUGAGUUAUGCAGAUUAAGAGAGACAAGAUGUAGAGAGACGCGAAGCGGGGGAGGUAUCUUUUAUUGGACCAACUUUUGUUGGUGAGAGAGACAUGCUUUUGAGCUACACAGAGCUCUUCUUCAGAUCUGGGAAAGGGUGUCAGAGUGUCACAGCUAAAUACAAGAUCCAGCAGCUAGUUGAGCAUAAGUAGUUAGCAUAGGGUCUAAGGGACCAUUCAAGGUGAAGUGGCCUGUUUAAACCCCUCCUGAAAGAAAUCUUACCGGAAUCCCCUUUUCUGCCCCCCAAAUAACCCCCCAAUCUCUCCAAACCCAUCACUAGAAGCAAGCUGUAUUUAUUUAGCUUCUUUUCUUUCAAUCCCUCCUUAAAACUCACUCCUGCUGCCAGGCCUCCUACAAGAAGUUAAUUAAUCUAAAACUCCCCAAACAACUAACCCUCCAACCCCCCUUUUUAGUACAUUUAAAGCACCAUCAGGGCAUGCAUAUAAUCUUAUUACUAUAAGCUUUGUCCUUCCUCACCCCUUCCCUGCAUUGUGUAUGAACCCCUUGCCGUGCCACUAUACAAUUAAAUUAGAAGCUCUUUGAGGCAGAGCUUUUGUCUUAUUUGUACUGAAAGUGCCCAGUACACUUUGCGGUGCUGUAAACAUAUAAACUAAGCAUUGCCAUUUAAAAUGUGUUUAUCUGUUGCUCUAGUUUCAUGUACAGCAUUUAUUUGAUAACAUACACACACAAAUAAAUGGACCCAUGUCUGCAAUUCAAUAUAACAUAACCCACCUAAACUCAGACUCUUUCCCCCUCAUCCAUGGAGAUGCUCAGUAUCUUCAUGACUCUGUCUUUCUCACAGUCACUCCAUGGGAGUGGGGAACAGCGGAGAUAGGGGCUCAGAAGCCUUAUGAAAGCAUUGAGUUUUUAAGAAGUGACUUGAAGGAGGUGAGGGUGGAGGCAUAUCAGACCAGGUCAGAGGAAUCCCAAAUGUCAAAAAAGACACAAAGAUCUGCAAACACUUCACUUCUUUAUGUAAUCAGUCCCUCUUUGCAAGUAUUUACUAGUGGUCAAUGACAUGCAGCCAUAGUGGGGUAAGGAAACAUCCCACCAUAAAAAUGUUAUUUUAAAACUAUUAUUCAUUCUGAACUGUGGAGCAGGGACUACAGUAAAUGUAAUAAAACAGGACCCUCACCCAGGCAAAGGAUUGUUUCCUGCAACUGGUCCAAUAUUUCCCAGUAUUUCCUGAUGUCACACUCUGAUUUCUGCUGUGAACAAUGAGCUUGCUGAAGAUUUUCCACCACGUCAGUAUGUCUUCAUGAGGCUUGAGUGCAAGCUGCUCUUUGAAUCAAGGCACAUGAUACCACCCUCUGAGUCUUACUUAAGUAGCCAGUCGGUGGUUGAAACCAUGUUACAUUCUUAUUGCUUUGUCAGUAAAGUCUGAAAAUGGAACUGUGCUGAAAACUCAGUUUAUAUAGCUGCUCUUUUUUGAGUUACAAAAUCAGCUUGCAGGAGUGCUGCCUUUUGCUGUUGCAUAGGGUUAGCGGGACAUGCAUUUCAAGAGAGGCCUGCAUUAAAGUUUUUUUCUUUG